UACUCGCCCUCUGACCAGUGAGGGAAGAAUCGUUCAACGUCCGGAGAUUGGCAAAUUUCCCCCAAGACAAAGCGGGCCGAGCUGUGUCUCCGCACGGUGUGAAAAGGGUUAUGACCCUACUUAUCCGGGGAGUACGCGUGGUUGGUGCGUGUCGUGUGUGUGUGUUUGUGGACGAGUGCGCGUUGUCGUGUGUGGUGCCACGCUUGCGGUGUUAAUUUAAUCGCUAAACAAGUUCGCACCGACGGGCACCUUGACCUUGGGGGUGCCGUUGGUUGGACAGUACUUCCUGAAUGCGCCCUGCCUCGCAGUGCGCUUAAGAUCUCGUCGCCGUCACCGUAACAACACGUGGAUUUAUGAUCACAAUGGACCACCGCCAGUGCUCUUUUUUGCUCGAAGUAAUAUCGAUAAGUUCGUUGCAAAAUGAAGAAUACGCACGUUGGCAAUUUCCGACAAUUCCGAAACCACUCCCAUAGGAAUGGGGAGUUCGGUAGGGGCAACCUGUUCGGGUGAAGGCCGUCAAUUUACAGCUGCAGCAUAUUGAAACAAUUCUGUUCGAGUUGAGUUGAAAAAGGAGAGAAAGGAGAUGAUGAUACCUCAAAACGGUGUCCACCGUCCACCGUGCUGGAUAUCAUCACGGAAGUAUCGGUGUCUGCUGCUUCAUGAUUCUUGCUUGUCGUCUUGCUGACCUUUUAAGAAUUCUGCACCAACGUUCAGCACGAUUGAUGGCGAGACGCUGUACCAUUCUACCACGCAGUUAAAUAUAUCCAGCGUGUUUGUAUUCUUAUCGUGCAAACCAUUAGCCGAUGAUGGAGGCUCUGGAGUAGUGGACGCAAAAAUAAAACAUCUGACGUAUUCACAUCCGGCGCCGUUGUGAUAAGAAGUUGGAAGACGACACACGCACGAUAUUAAGCUUCGGUUUAUGAAGGUUUUGUGACCAGUAGCCUUAUUGCAACGCAGAUUAAUGUCUAAUGUCUAAGUGUCACUGUACUAGAAAUAAGCCUCAAAUGAGUAAGCUACAACCAACCCCAAACGAAGAUGUCAUCCAAAAGUAAACACAAGCAGCAUCCACCGUGCGGUAAUCUUAAUCAAGCGAAGAGAACCAUCACCAUCCACUCAAGGAAUAGGAUACGAAGCGACCGGAUGUUCCCGCAACAGUCCGACACUGAACAAAUGCAUGGAGCGGGCGAUCCAGUACUACAUCAGCUACAUGUACAGCGGGACGAUCAACGAUCGGACGACGGUGUCGUCGCUGGAUCCGCUUGCACUGCCCGAUGCGACGCUGAUCGAAAAUGAUGAUGUAGUGUCUACGUUUACCAACCGUGAAACGACCGGCUUCCGGAACAUGUACAUCACCGACGUUAGAUCGGAUAUAACACGACUAGAAUUCUACUUCAAGUUCCACAUCUCAGCCAUCGACACGAGAGGUUCAUACCACGCACGGCUCUUAGCGCGUCCUGAAAUCGCCGAAUGGUCCCAGAUGACCUACUCGAUACGAAACUCCUCGAUUCAACUGCAACUGAAGGGCUACAACUACGACAGUGAUGGUCGGGUGUAUCUGAAGGUCAACGUCACCGACUGGAGCCAGCAGAUCGGGGACCAUACGGUCGGCUUCCGGUGGUUCACGAUGAGCGGCAACUACAGCCAGUUUAGCGACCAGUUCGAGCAGAUACGCGGCCGCGACAUACUGCCCGUGGUCGAGCGGGAUCUGAUGCAGAGUCUGCAGGAUCGGUUUCAACGGCUGCUGAACGAGAUCCUACGGUUGGCAGCGUUUGAACGGUUCUUCCCUACCGUCUACUAGCGAAACCGGCGCACCAGGCACCUGUGAUAGGCUAGACGAUAUCGUUGUUUUUGUACAUACGCUUUAGUGGUUAGGUGUAGGCGGGUUGUGGGCCGCUGCCAACUACCCGGUCGCGGUGUUGACCAUUUUUGUUUUAUAAUAAACGAACGUGAAUAU